GUUUACAGUGCACAGUUCGAUUUGUUUUGGUUUAUGCAGACUGCGCUUUGUCACGGGGAGCCAAGGUCCACCGCCGUACUUUAAGCUGGUCGUUACACAUCUUUGACUGACUGCCAAACCACUGCAACUCCUCCUCCGAUAUCUGUGUAUCGCCUCCCCCUUUCCGGGCCGCCGCUGCCUCGUAGCUCCUGUUAUCGGAUCCCAGAAGCUGGCCUGCUAGUUAGCAAACAAGCUAACGAUUGCCAGAUUUCACCCAUGUCCUCUGAAGAAGCGUUCAGCUCAUCGAUCACAGAUUGGUUUUUCAUCAAUUCCUGGUGGCUCCUCCUGCCAUUCAUCAUGCUCCUUGUAGUGGCAGCCUUCAUCGUUGCCUUCGUGCUACUGUUAUACAUGAUAUCGCCUCUUAUCAGUCCCAAACCUCUGAAAUUGAACGGGGCCCACGUCGUGGUGACGGGAGGCUCAAGUGGGAUUGGAAAAUGCAUUGCAAUCGAGUGCUACAGGCAAGGAGCAUUCAUCACGCUGGUGGCACGAGAUGAGGCUAAAUUGCUCCAAGCAAAGAAAGAGGUGGAGAAAUUUGCCAUCAAUGACAAACAGGUGGUGCUCUGCAUAUCUGUGGAUGUUUCCAGUGAUUACAGCCAGGUGGAAAGUGUGAUAAAACAGGCUCAAGAGAAGCUGGGGCCUGUUGAUAUGUUGGUGAACUGUGCAGGAUCAUCCAUCUCUGGAAAGUUUGAGGAUGUGGAAGUGGACCGUUUUAAAAAACUAAUGGAAGUGAACUACCUGGGCAGCGUUUACCCGACACGGGCCGUCAUAACCACCAUGAAGGAGCGAAGAAUGGGCCGCAUUAUGUUUGUGUCCUCCCAAGCGGGCCAGAUUGGCCUGUUUGGGUACACUGCCUACUCCCCGUCCAAGUUUGCCCUGCGUGGCUUAGCGGAGUCUCUGCAGAUGGAGAUAAAGCCAUACAACAUCUAUGUCACUGUGGCCUAUCCCCCUGACACUGACACUCCAGGACUGGCUGAGGAAAACAAGACAAAGCCUCUGGAGACUAAAUUAAUCUCUGAAACCUCUGGAGUUUGUCAGCCAGAGCAAGUGGCCAAGAUCAUUGUUCGGGAUGCAGUGCAGGGGAACUUCAACAGCUCUGUGGGACCCGAUGGUUACAUGCUGUCAGCCCUCACCUGUGGAAUGUCACCUGUUACCUCCAUCACAGAAGGUCUUCAGCAGAUUGUUACCAUGGGAUUAUUUCGGACCAUCGCCCUCUUCUACCUGGGGAGUUUUGACAGUAUUGUGCGCCGCUGCAUGAUUCAGAGGGAGCAAUCAAAGGCAGCCGAUAAGAGGGAGUAACAGCAGCCUUACCUUCUUCACAGCCCAAUGCCCCCCCUCCUCCUCCUCCUCCUCUUCCUCACCCACACACCCCCAUCCCAUCCCCUCCUCCAGCUGUACAAGUGCACAACCAUAGGUGGGAAAAAGGCCAAGCUUUGAGUGCGUUUCUGAUAUCAACAGAUGGGAUGAAAGGAAGCGGCAGAUGUUUGCUCUUUGCUUGUCCAGUGGCGUAACUCCACCGUAGACUUCACUGUCAGUUUGAUUUUUCUAUCCUCUCUGAGCAUUCCAGUGACUUUUCUUUAGUUUAAUGUGUCCACCUGCUUCUUUUUGUGGGAGCAGCCUUACUUUAAAGGAACGAGGGCAGACUAAACAUCCCACAGUAGGUAGGAUUUAUGAACCACUGACUAGUUAUCAGGCCUCCUUGCCGUCGUCAUUUGCACAUGCUGUUUUUUGUUUUGUUUUUUUUUUUUUCUUUACACAGACGGGGAAAGCAACAGAGAGCUUGUCUGACUGGUUGUGCCAAAUAUGGCUUGAUAUUCCCUCCCACCAGGGGCUAUAGUGAAAACCAGAAUGGUAACUUUAAGCAGUCAUUUUGUUUCAUGCAUCAUAAAAGUCGGUCCACAUGUAGGAAUUUCACAGUUUUCACUAAGUGAGGCCCCUCGUCUCGACCUUUUCAUACCACGAGUCUUUGCAGGCAAAGCACCUCCCUUUUUGACUGAAUAACCUCUGUGUUUGUGACCCUCAGUGUUCUGUUUAUGUUGUGGGAUGUUGUGUUAAUGUGCUCUGUGUGUGAACCAAGCCUUGAUGUGAGAGAGGAGAAUUCUUCAGUUAUAUUAGAGAGAGAGAGCGAGAGCAUGUGUGAUGUUGUUUUUUUAAAUUUUACUAAUGCAAAAACAUAAUUUCCAGAAAAUAAUAAUAUUCAGACAUUUUAGACGCAGUGUUGGGGGGGGGGUGGGGGGGGUAUUUUUGGGUGAAUCGUGUGCAUAGAUGUGCGUGUGUGUGUUUUGUGUUUGCUGUGACUGAGCCAAACCCCUGGGGAGAGAAAAGCCAUUAGAUUUUAUCGUCUCGGGAAUAAACACACCAAAUUAUUUUCUCGGCAUCCCAUCUUAUUUCUUGAGAAAGGAAAGCAGGUACUAUGGGUUGAAGCCAUGAAAUCAAAAGAUGGAGGAAAGGGGGAGAAAAAAAGACCAGCACAGGUAAUUUCACUUCUCACCUGUGAAUAUGACCACGUUCAAUACACUUUUUUUUUUUUUUCAUUAAAUGUGUGAAAGGAAGCGUAUCGUUUAUACAUGCAGUUUUAUGUUUCGGUGCACAUAUUCAGCCACCCCAGCCACUCGAGAUCCAAGUGGGAUCCAUAAUUUGUUGGGGCGGUGUAAGUCAGGGCAGGGCAAGACUUGCUGGUUCGAGUCAUGUCCCUGUAGGUCUAGUGAGGGCGCUAGAGAUUUGUUUUACAUUAAGGCCAAAAUAGUGGAGGGACCAGCAUGGAAGUGUGAUCCCCGUCCCUCUGAUUUUGACCUCCUGUCACCCUGUCGUGCACAGUUGGGACUCUACAACCCCCAAAAUGACAAUAUCGAUUCCCUCCUUGAGAAACCUUGUAUUUACCACGUUUUCCAUAUGUUUUGCAUACAGAGGGAGGAAAAAGUACAGUGUCGACUCUUGCAAGUCUUCCUUCGGUCCAUCACAAACGGGGAGAAUGUACUUUAAUACAAAGCAUACAAAUUAGAGCAUAUUAUUUUUAAAUACACCAAUAUUUGAAUGCCAAAAUGUGUUAAGACAAUUUCUGUAGAUGCAAUGCAUUUAUUUGAGAUUUAUUUCGAUGUUGCUGCUCUGUUGAUCUUUAGAGGUAGUUUGUUACAGCUGUGGAGCAGUGUGUGGACCCAUUCUAAGCCUUAAGACGUGACUACUGAUGAAGCUAAAGCUAUAAGAAUGGACCUGUCCACAGAGCAAUGGGGCUUAACCCACAUGUGGUUUACCAGUUCAUUUAAUGCUUAAUCUUUAAUACUUUUCAAUGUAAAGUUGCCAACUGUUUUUUGUGUAUUUUGUCAAUUUCCAGUCUUUGUACGACAAAAAGAAGCCUUACAGAAAUCCAAGUUAUGAAAGUGAGAAUGGAUGACUCAUGUUUGAUGAUGUUCUCAUUUGAAAUUGGUUGAAGGCAUACUGUCCUGCACUCAAGAGCUUUUCAUAAUUGUACAUUUAUUGCUUUCAGACGUUCUCUUUUACCUUGAGGUAGCAACACAUAGUUGAUAGAACAUGUAGCCCAUAUAAAAGCAGUUUUCUUUUACCCUUGUAAGCUAUGCAAAUUAAGCCUAUGCUUAGAUUAUGUUCCAAACAUACAGUCAAGACUUAAAUUCUGUAACGGCCACGCUAGUUUCCCCAUAUUUAACAGUGUCAUCAUCAGAUACUUAACAUGAGUUUUCAAGUAUUGAACAUGAAAGUCAUAAUGCACUCUGUGGUUUCAUUCUCUUCUUGCUUUUUACUUUAUUUUCUGCCAAAAAACUUAACACCUUCACCUUGUGUGCCAUUGAAAGAAAAUGUGAGAAGUGGAACGUUUCUUUGUCUUAUUUUCUUACAUGAU